UUACAAUUUAACCAUACCUUUGAAAUAUGACUUCUGGCCAAUGCAUCGAAGGGAAGGUUAGCACCUACGUCCUCUCGAAGCAACUUCACAAAGAUAUCUGGACUGCUAUGUAUCAAACUCUGCCUAUUGAUCGCUCCCCAUCGCCUGCAACACUAAACAGGAGUUCAAGCCUGGGGAAGGUGAUCAUAAAGAGCGCACCUAAGUAUCGCUUGGACAACGAACGCGAUGUCCUCAAGCAUUUUCAUGCCCGGCCAGGAAUUCGCCAGCUGCUGGAUGAGACGCGGGACCCGCCAUCUCUAGUGCUAAAUCACCUCGAUGAUAAUCUCUUAACCGUAUCAAAUUCGAAAAGGCUUGAAAACCCCGAAAUUAAGUUCAUCGCGAAGAGGAUCCUUGAAGCACUGCAGGCAUUCCAUGAGGAUGGCUACGUGCGUACUGAUAUCAAACCGGAUAACAUUCUCAUCAAUUAUGGCAGCGAGCCCUGUCGAUUUAGAGAGGUUGAGCUGGGCGAUUGUGGUGACGCAUGUCUUGUGAACCCGAAAGAUCACCUGAAGCUCGGAGAGAAUGGGCACAUGAUUGGAGCUCAUAUGUUCAGGAGCCCAGAGGCUAUGCUAAAUCUUAGAUGGGGCACUCCAACUGAUAUCUGGUCCUUCGGUACAACUCUCAUAAGCCUAAUAUGGGGAUUGGGCUGGCAUAUCUUCAAGCCCGAUCCCAAGGAUGCGGGACCAGACGAUGAGGCUUAUCCUAACCAUGUUCUAGUAAAGCAAAUUGCAUUUUUCGGGCCUUUUCCAUUGAGCUACUUUGAUUUUCUUCCAAAAGAGGACAAGAGAUGAGAUGUCAGUUGGAAUUCGGUUGUCUCCACUUUCAUUUGCUGUUUUAGGACUAGUUCAGGGGCUCUUAGUGCUGAAAACUUUGAUGCCUAUAUAUCCUCAUUCCUGUACUCUCACUUCAAU